CAAAGAAUACAGAACAUUAAAGAAAAUCAAAGAAGAAUAUUUGAUUUGAACGGGAGCAGUAUGUAAAGAAUAUGACAAGUGAAUAAAAUUUUUAGAAAGAGAACUUUUCACUUAGUUUUGAAUAUAGUCGAAUUCAGUUAGUUAUAUAACUUGAUAGUGUGUGUUCGGUCAGUCAUAAUUUCUUGAAAUUGGUGAUAAGAACAUUCGGCAACAAGUGAUAAUGUCGGGCGAUGUACAACCAAGGAAGCGCAAGGAUAAGAAAAAGAAACGAGAUGACUCCGAUGCCAAGGCAGCUGAUUUUUUUGCUAGAAAAAUGAGUGCACGAGAUGAUGAUGAACCCAAAGAAAAAUCUGCACCUAGCGUUCACGCCAAAAUGGGACCAGACGAUAUUCAGUUGCAUGUUCAUUCAGAUCAUGGAACAGGAGGUCAUUGGUGUGCAAAAAUACUGUUUUUCUCGUUGAUGGCUGUGCUUGUUGGACUCAUUGGUUUGAUAUUACUGGAAACUCGAGGAGUAUCAGAUUUGGACACACCUUUGUCUGAGUCACGUUUUGCUGAUUAUUUAGAGGGUUGGGUGGAUGAAAAACGUGAGAGUCACGAUGACCACGAUGUUUUGGAAGCACUCCAGGAAGAACUCGAUGAGCAUGGCGACGAACCGUUUGAAGAAGAAGAGGCAGGUCAUGAUGACGAUGAUGAUGAUGAUCAUGACCAAGAACAUGAUAAUGACAGCAAUGAAGAAGAGGAUGACGAAGUCGAUGGAAAUCAUGACGAAGACGAUGCUCAAGAUAAUGAUAAUACUGACGAUGACGAUGAUGAUGAUACUCCACGAGUAGAAAAUGAUAAUCUAAAUGAUGAGGAUGAUGACUCUCGACAGGAGGAAAGUGAUAAUCGAAAUGAGGAAGACGUGUCGAAAGAAGAAAAUGACAAUGAAAAUGACGAUGAAAAUGACGAUUCUGCUGGAGACUUUUCAGAAAAUGGAGGUAAUGACGAUGCGGAUGAUAAUGAAAUCGGAAAUGAUGACAACGACGAUGAGGACGAAGGACUUGAAGAUCAGCUAGGAGACGAUAGUAUAGAUGCCGAUGACAACAGUCCCUUCGAAGAGCAUGUCUCUAAAGCUAACAUAGACCCUAGCUCUGAUCCCAAUACGAAUACAACCUAUGUGUCAGCUGAAGAUCUAAAAAAUCAGGUCGAUGAAUUGUAUGGACAUUUUAAUAAACUCGCCGAGUCUUUGAAUCUCACAAAAAUUGAAGCAGACGACGAGGUAGAGGAAGAUGAUAGUGACGACACAUCAAAUGAACAAUUUAUCGAUAAUGAUCAAGGCGAAGACUUACAUUUGCAAAAGUUAACCGAAAAAGAGGCAGCUGAACAGCAAAAUGAAGAAGACGAACAAGAUACGUCAUCUUCACUUACUGUAAAACUCGGAGUUGGAUUAGCUCUAGUGGUAGUUGCGCACCUUGUUUUGGUGAAACGAUCGAAAUCGAACGAAGAGGAAAAGAUAGAAUCUCCGCCAGUCGAAUCCGUCGAUCUAAAACGUCGUUUCACACUGAUAACAUCGACAGAACCAAUACCAUCCGAUGUCGAUGAUGAACAACCGAACGAAGAAGAGGAUGAUGAAUAUGAGGAGGACGACUUAAAGGACGGAGAAGAAGACGCAGGAGAUGAAGAUGAAGUAAACGAAGAAGAAAUUGUUGAAGACAAUGAAAAUGAGGAAGAAUACGAAGAUGAAAAUGAAAAUUCCGAAAAUUCCGCGGAAUCUGAAGAGGAAAUCGAUGAUGUUGAGAACAUAGGUGAAGAAGAAGUAGCUAUUGUAGACACAUUCACUGAAAUGAAGAAUAUGUAUCGACCGAAAAACGAUAAACCAUCAGGCACAAAUAAUGAAGAUGUCGAUGUAAAAGAGGAAUCGAAAGAUAGCAUUGAUUUAGAUGAAUCCGAUGCUGAGGAGGACAUAGAAGGUAGUGAACACAGUGAAGACAUAGAAGAGGAGGAAGAUGGAGAAGAAAUCUCCGAUGUUGACGAUGAGGACUUAAUGAAAAGACUGGAAUCAAAAUAUGGAAAAUUACCUGAGACGAGGAACUCGAGUGACGAAGAGGAAACUGAUGAAAAAUGGACAAAAGUAAAACGAAGCGGAGCUCAACAAGAUGACGAUGAUUUUGAAGAUGAAUUAAGAAGAACGAAUGAAAUGCUGUACGAUAAUCCAACAUCCGCUCUCAAGUCAUUCGACGUCCUAAUUGAAAUCAAACCGAAUUCAUCGCAAGCUUGGUAUGGUAAAGGCAAAGCGUUGGACCAAUUGUCAGACGAACAGAAAAGUAAUGAAAUUUUGAAAGAAGCAAUAGCAGCAUACGUUAAAGCCGUUGAAUUCGGAUCGUCUGUGGAUGAUGAGACAUUUAAAAUCUAUGCUGAACGUUGCAUCGAUCGAAUGAGGUUUAUAGGUCAGCAUUUAAAGGCUGUUCCAGUCCAUGAAGCCUUAAUUGAGAGAUUCAAAGAUGAUCCAUACUAUCGGAAUCAGCUUGCCGUUACAUAUUUACUCAUUAAUCGUCUAGCCGAUGCCAAACUCGUUCUCCAUGAAACUCUUCUUCGAUGGCGUCAAGACGGUUAUGCCCUUGUCCACUACGGUUUUAUCCUGAAGAAUCUCGAUAAAAACAACGAAGCUGCCGUCGCAUUCCUGCAAGAAGGCAUUGAUACUGAGGCUGAAGGUACCAAUGAUGGUCGAUUUUACUUUAACCUUGGCGAAGCGUUAACCCGUCUCGGCAGAAAUAAGGAAGCGAUGGCAGUUUACCGCAAAGGUGCAAGUAAAAAGCUGUUUCUAUCGGAAUAUCAACGUUCGUUGUACAACGUGGACAGGUUAAAGUCGCGUCCAUUCUGGACAAAAAAACAAACCGGCUACAAGCAAUAUCUUGAUGUGUUGCAACAAAACUGGGAAAAGAUACGAGACGAAGGACUGAGCGUACUUAAUGAUAAAGGACAUUUUACCGACGAAUCAGAGAAUUUACGGGACGUUGGUGACUGGAAGCAAUUCGAUCUAUUCGCUCGGGGGCGAAAAAUUGGCGCACAUUGUGCGAGGACACCAUUCACGUGCAAAAUCAUCGAAACAUUUCCCGCAGCCAGAUUUUGUAAACGAGGUCAAGUUAAGUUUAGCGUAAUGCAUCCAGGCACUCAUGUAUGGCCACACUGUGGUCCUACCAAUUGCCGAAUCCGAGCCCAUUUAGGGUUGAAGGUGCCGGAGAAAACAUUCAUUCGAGUAGCAACUGAAACAAGAUCGUGGAGUGAAGGAGAACUGCUCAUAUUCGACGAUAGCUUUGAGCACGAAGUGUGGCAUAACGGAACCCAAGUUCGAUUAGUUUUAAUUGUUGAUGUUUGGCAUCCAGACUUGACAGAAGAGGAACGAAUAAAUUUGUAUCCAAUUUAACCGGCUAGUCAUGUGCCAUCGACAACAACGGAGCUCUGGCAAAAUGUUCUCUUAUAUAGCAAAAUGUUAAAAUUAAUUGAAGUGGUAGAUUUUGUAUCAAACACCAGAGAUACUUUUCACAGUUGAAGUAGCAGAUUUAAUAAUUUUGUUUGUUGUUGAUACGCUUGUCGUUUCUAUAAAGUAAAAUUAGGAAUCUCGAAAGGAUGACAUUUAAUGUAUCACAUCGAAAUGAAACUUCUAAACCAAAGCGAUUAGUCGAUUGUUGUGUUCUUUUUUUGUAAUUUGAAAUGUGUGUGUUUGUUGCUCCCUUUUUUGUAGUUAAUGUAAGGC